GUGAAAUCCCUUAAAAUAAAAUUGAUGAGAAAGAGUCUUAGUUGACUGCCAACAAAUUCAUAUCAACAGCUGUUCUAUUUAGUUUAUCAAAAUAUUAAAAAAAAAAAAAAAGCCUUUCAUUGAAUCUAUUUUAUUAUUUAAAAAAUAAAAGUAGAAGGCAAUAACCACAGAAGUGAGGUGGUGUAACAUAUAAAAAUGAUUUUACCAUAAACAUUAAAUAACACUGUCUUGAUGAAUUUCUUUGGUAACUAUUAUCAUAGUAACAUUUUGUUACAAGGUCCUUGUGAAUUUCUUGAUGAAUUAAUAUCAACAAUUCUUAGAUGUUUAGGCCUUCAACAAGACUCUCCUCCUCCUCCUACAACUACGACUACAACUGAUGAUGUUGUUGUUGCCUAUACUAAUGUUACUACGACUAUUCCGAGUUGUUCAACAACAACUGUAACCGACAACGGUGGUGAAGAAGAAGGAGGUAGUGAAGAGACAACAAUAACUACUAGUGUUGCUUCUAGUGGAGUUGUUGUGAUUGUUCCGAGUUCAACGACUGUAAUAGACAACGGUGAAAACGGAGAAGCUGAGACGACUUGUCCGACCACGGAAACACCAGAUGUAGGUGGUGGUGAUGGCGAUGUUGGUGGUGGAAGUGCAAGUCAGCCAGGAGAGGGUGAUUAUUUUCCACCUAUAGAUACGGUAAGUCCAGCUAAUCAUGAUUUAUUUUCUUUCUAUGAUUUAUUUCUUGGUAAUUAAAUGAUUAUACUAUAUGCAACGUAACCCUAUUAUAUUAGGCUACUAUACUGGAGGUAUUGAUGGUUUACUAUUUUACAUUAUACAUAUGAUUCUUCAAUUUAUUUCUCCCA